AUGUCGUUUCCAAAACAAUGUUGUGCUAGUGGCUCCCUUCACACCGGCACUCCCACUGGCAUAAUUUCUGAGCUUCAUGGCCUCCCCGUCUACAUCACCUCACCCCCUAUCAACAGGCCUCCCAAAGGCAUUGUCGUAAUACUACCCGACGUAUUCGGCUGGACACUCCCGAACACCCGCAUUCUAGCCGACAACUUUGCCGCGAAAGGCGACUUUCUGGUCAUGCUCCCUGACUUUAUGGACGGCAAUGUUUUUCCCCAUCACUUGAUCAUCAGCAUAAAAGCGUUGGACGCCACCGGUACUUUUGCCUGGGCCAAAAAAGCAUAUCAUUUCCUGAGGCUCGUUUGGUAUGGAUUUCCGUUCUUGAAGAAUGACAAGGCGCAUCUGGUCCGCCCAAGGGUCGUCAACUUCUUCCAUGGCCUGCAGUCUUCGCAUCCUGAGCUACAUGUUGCAGCAGCUGGGUAUUGCUGGGGUGGUCAGUGGGUUGUGGAGCUGUGCUCAAAUAAAGAAGAAUAUGCAGCCGAUAAGCCUUUGGUUGCUUGUGGUUUCACAGCUCAUCCUUCACGCUUAAAGAUACCUACAGACAUCGAGGCAGUCACCUACCCUCUGUUCGUCGCAGCGGCUGGGAUUGAUCAACAGAUCCCCAAAGCGAAAGCCAAGCAGAUUGAGGAUAUCCUGAAAGCCAAGACAGCGAAGACGAAAGAUCGGGGUGUUGAGCACGAGUUUGUCAUGUAUGAUGAUGUGCACCAUGGAUUUGCUGUCAGAGCAGAUGAGAAUGAAGGGCGUGAAAGAGAGUGUGGAAAGAAGGCAGAGGAUCAGGCUGUAAGGUGGUUCAGCAAGUGGUUCGAUCGUGCGGCUUGA